UGCUUAAGGGAAGUGCGCUCUGGAAAGCACCCGAUACGUGUGGGAGUAAGGAAGGGGGGAGCAGCCCCUAUAGCAGUAAAACAGCUGUCAAGUGUCUUCUGCUGCUGUGUUCGGAAAAAUUUCAUCAAACUAUGUUGAAGCCGUUUGUUUAAUUCUCCAACAUGAUGGAGGAGGUUUCCAUUUCUGGGGAAGAGGCCGAGGGAUUCGACUUGUAUGAUGGAAAACCCUCGGGGGAGCGUUGGGCCCCCGUUGGAGCAAGUGAGCUUGACGACGAAGCUGCCUUUGAGUCUAUUCAUGAUGCCAACUGCUAUUAUCCAUGUGAAUCUCCUCGAACAAGAGAAUUGGAAGAACAGCUUGACGUUGUUAAUUCAUCUCUUAUUGCAUUAACAUCUCAUUUUGCGCAGGUCCAGUUUCGUUUGAGACAAAUUGUUGAUGCACCAGUGCAGGACAAAGAUGUACUUUUGAAAGACCUUGAACAGUUUGCAUUUCGUGGUAUACCUGAAGUCAAAGGUCCUCAGUAUUUCCGAAAAGAUGAGAGAGAUAAUGAUGGAGAUCGAUCUGAAGAAUACCUUUCCCAACAAAGAGAGAAGCAGAAAGAACUUAUACAGCAGUUGAAACAACAGUUGGAAGAUCUAGAAAAAUAUGCAUAUGAAACAGGAGAAGCUGGACUGCCUCAAAGCGUUCUUCUUGAAAGGCAAAAAUUAUUAAUUGAUGAACUAAAAGGAAAACUGAAUCUCAAUGUUGAUGAUAUUGCUGCUUUAUCACCAGAUGAUUUGAAGAAAGAAGUAGAAGAAGCAGUGGGAGAGCUUAUCAAUCCUCUGAAAGUUAAGGAGCAGCUGGUGAACCAACUUAAAACACAGAUUUCUGAUCUGGAAAGAUUUGUUGAAUUUUUACAAGGUGAAGCAGGGCCUGAUGAAGCUGCUAGUAAUACAACACACCCAAAAUGCACAUGUCAUUCUCGAGUUCAUACUGAAUCAUGUGCUAUAACUCAGAGAGCCAAAAAGGCUAGAAGUUGGCAAACCCGCCAACAAGCACUUAAUGGUCAAGAAGAUAAGAUUCGAGAGAAAACUUUAAAUAUUAUGAGAAAAGCGGCUGUACUUAUGCAAAUAUUUGCUGUAUCACAGUUUGGAUGUGGUCAAGAGGUGUUUCACAAGAACACUAUGAAAAAGAACAUGAAAGUCAACCACUGGGGCGAUCUGCGAGCUCGUCUGGAAGUUGCUGUGGCACAAGUUUCAGAAAUAAUGAUGGAGGCAGCAGAAAGUCAAAGUGGUGGGGAGAGCGAAGAUUAUGCUUCUGAUUCUGAGGGUGCACCUGUUGUAAUGUGCAACGCCCGCAUCACCUCAGCAGUUAGGAAAAAAUUGGCCAUGACUAUCAAAGAACUCAUGGAACAUGGACUUACACAGAAUAAUCAAAAUAUGAGCCUAGUACCUCUGAUUGGAUGCUUUCCUGUGCGGGGUCCUGCUGUGAAAGAGAAACCUCUCCAUGCAUGGGAGCUUAUUUUGGCUUAUUAUGAUUUGAAGAAUGGAGAGUCCUAUAAUUCUACACCUGCAAGAAGACUCUCUCAAAGUUUUAAUUUGGAACUUGUAGGUGGAGUUGCCGUAUCAAACAAACAACAACUUCUGAGCACUGUUGGAAACAUCAUCAGUAGCCACACCCGUUAUAAGCGCAGCUAUGAUUCUCAUUUCAAAGCAUUUGUUUGCGCUGGUUUAAACUCCAAGAAGCUUGUGUACUGGCUAAGGCUUAUCCUUCAUUGUCAACCAAUUAUUGAGGCUUAUUAUCAGCCCUGGAGUUAUGUCUGUAAAACAGGAUUUGAAGAUACCUUGCAGACUUUGGAGAAAUUGAAGGACUUUGAAUUUGAGCUUCCAGUGGAUUUAGCAGUACGCCAGUUUCAAAAUAUAAAAGAUGCAUUUUAAUUAUUAUAAUUAUGAUACGCCUAUUUUGUGCAGGAGUUGGAUUUCCUCACCUAUCUUCUCACCAAAGAUUUUACUGUAUUACACUGUAUAUGUUUAGACAUCAAAAGAUGGUGAACAUGAAAUCCGAAUUUGUAAUUUUGGAAUACAGGGGACUAGAUGAUUUUGUUUGUAAAAGUGAAGGGUUUUUGUAUCAAGCUAGCAAAAGAUAUGUAAUCAAAGACUUACGCCUGCUAAUGUCCAUUUAAUAAAAAAUGGGUCUUUCUUUUCGAAAUGUGAUAAAAAUUGCCAUAAGUGCAAAUUUAUUAUAGUACUUACAAUCCAGUCAGUAUUUUAAAAGAAAUUUGUCAUCUUUAACCAUUUCAUUUAUUAUUUGAUUUCUUUUUAAGAUCAAAAUAUUUGUAUUGUGCCAUUUGUGCAUGUACAAUAGGAGUGAAGUAUUGUUCUAAAACCCCAGUAAGAGGUAUUCAACUUAAUCUUAAAUACCAAAGUCAAACAUAAAUUUCUUUACUGAUCUCUUAUCUGCUCCAUAUGAGCUGUAUUUCCAAUGAUGACAAACACGUGAAGGGUGUAUAUGUCAUCUUUUCAGCCAUCUGCUUUAGAAAAAGGAUAUUAAUUUAAUACUGGAGGAAAGACGACGAAUUGGCUUUCACUCAUACUUAAAACAUGGAACUCUUCCCAGAAUUUUUGUCUAUUUAUUGUUUGACGUUUUGGUCACUUAUUAUCCACAUCCAAGUUGAAUCUCACAUCAUGAAUCCAUUUUUAUUUUUCUGGGAUCAUAAAACACUCGAUCUCAAUCUAGCUGUAAUUACAAAGUCGGAAAGCUAAACUAUCUACUAAAUAUCUUCCAACAUGUCAUUAAUUUCAAUAAUUUAAAAACUUGAUUUGCGCAACACCUAUGAAUUGAUCUGUGGAGGUGAAAUUGAGGGUCACUGUCAUUUAAAGAAAUUUCGUACUCCUAGGAUAUAAAGUCAUAGUGCAAUCAAUGUAUGGUCUCAUCGCAUGUAAUUUAAAUUUAUCUACCUAUUUAUGACACCAGCUUUUGUAAUUAGCGGGUAUUCAUCAAUAUCAAAUAUUGAAAAAGUGAUAUGGAAAGUAAGCUUAAUGGAGGGGUGUUGUGAUAUUUACCUGUGUUUAGUUGUUAGAACUCUAAGAUAUUUAUUAGAGUUGUUAAAAAUAAGAGAAUGUAAAGAAAAAUCACAAUAAAAAAGUGACAAAUUAA